AUGACUACUGCCAAAUCUAUAAGCAGAGAAUGGCUAUUUGAAGCUAAAAGAAGAAUAGAAGAAGGUGAAUCUUACAAAAGUGUGGGAAAGGAAGUUGAAUUGGAAAAUGGUAAAAUUAAAUUGAAUGUUGCCGAAAAUACAAUAAGAAGAGCAUUUCAACUUCAAGAAAUCGAAUUACCAAAAGUUAGUCGCGGCAGAAAACCAAAUCCACCAACAUUUGAGCAAAAACAAUUAAUUAAUUCUUGUGUUUCACAAUAUAAAGGAGGAAUUUCAAAAACUUAUUUAUUGAUUAAAAGGUUUCAAAAUAUUGCUCAAAAUCCCGAUUGUGAGAAAGAAAAAGAAGAAAUUGCAAAAGAAUUUGAAAAUAUAGAAGAUUUGACAAAAGAUCAAUUUUUUGACAAUUUACAAAAAAUAAAGCAUCAUCAAGUGGAAAAAUUUAUGAUGGAAUCAGGUUUAUCUUCAAAAAGAGAUUACAAACCAGCAAAUCCACCUACCAAAUAUCGUGCCAUAUCAAAGAAUUUGAUAUGGCACUGCGAUAUUCAUUACCUUCACGGUAAUGUUUCUUUUCCAUUUUUUGCCAUAUUGGAUGAUAUGACACGUAAAGUUCUCAAAACUAAAUUAUUGAAAAACAAGUCUUAG